GAAGGGGCGGGGGCGGGGGGUUUUUGUUUAGCUUUCCCUUUCCACCCUAAACCGUUCUUCGAUUUCCCGUCAAAACCUGCGAUAUCAUUUCAGAGCAGUGGGAGAAAAGCACGGGAAUGGCGGCGGCGAGGGUUGGUGGUUCAGGAAUAGUGCUAUCGCGUCCAGUGACAUUCGUGACCGGCAACGCCAAAAAGCUCGAGGAAGUCCGGGCGAUCCUGGGCAAUUCCAUUCCCUUUCAGUCUCUCAAGCUCGACUUGCCAGAACUACAAGGCGAACCUGAAGAUAUCUCCAAAGAAAAGGCUCGAUUAGCUGCAAAAGAGGUGAAAGGACCAGUGCUGGUGGAAGACGCUUGCCUCUGUUUUAAUGCCCUUAAUGGUCUCCCAGGGCCUUACAUCAAGUGGUUUCUACCGAAGAUUGGUCAUGAAGGACUGAACAAUUUGUUGAUGGCAUAUGAGGAUAAAUCAGCCUAUACUGUUUGUGUAUUUUCUUUUGCUCUUGGGCCAAACGCAGAUCCGAUAACUUUCCUUGGAAAAACUACGGGGAAGAUAGUUCCUCCAAGGGGACCUAAAGAUUUCGGAUGGGAUCCAAUUUUUCAACCCGAUGGAUAUGAUCAAACUUACGCGGAAAUGCCCAAGGAAGAAAAGAACAAAAUUUCUCACCGCUCCAAGGCUCUUGCACUGGUGAAAUCCCACUUUGCUGAGACUGGAUACACUUUCCUAAUGGACCCCUCUAUUUAAGAGUGAGCUAUAAACUGUCGUCUUGCACAAUUAAACAGUUACAAGCUCUUGUCAAUGGUGGCGAUGCUUACAUUUUUCUCUAAUGCUGUGAAGAAAAGUAUAUAUGGGAGUAUAUUUUCCUAUUUGUGUGUUUAGGGAAAUCAGAAGAGAAAUGGAGAAUACGUUUUUCAGGUGUGACCCGGCUGGUGAAAGUCAGAAAGAAGAACUAUUUAUUACGCAAUACCUAAAGUUACUUUAAUAUUAGGAGUCGAAAGACCAUAAAACUACCAUAUGAUCAGUAUUUCUCUUACUUUGUUGACCCUUGUUCGUCCGUAAAAUUACAGUAACAUCCUUAAUAUUUGCUUCUACACUUUAUUUUCAUUCA